GCCGUAAAACAACUUCAUGAUCAGUUCCAUAAUGAGGAGCUGAAUGUGAAGUUGCUGUUAGAGCAGCUAGAUAAAAUACCGCAAUCUUCAGAAAAUGCUUCGCAAUUACGAGCAACACUCAACGACGUAAUGGCUAUCAUUGCUCCUCUAUCUAGGUUUGAAGGUCACAUUGACGCACUCGAAUAUAAGGCCAAAGUGCGAAGAAAAUUUCCACCCAGCAUUCAACGGAAGUUGCUGUCGAAAGAGUACGACGACAGCAAUAUGUGGAGCAUGGAUACAUUGAUAUCCGAAACUCCCAGUACUCCGCAAACUACAAUCCUUCAUACCCAAGCUAGCGCUACUGUGCAAUACAGCUGCGCUGCUUGUUCUGGAUCACAUAAACUUCGUUACUGCAACAGGUAUAGAUCUGUUGAUUCGAAACGGCAACGCAUUCAGGAUUUAAAUAAGUGCUUCAAAUGUUUCUCAACAACACAUUAUCGCUCGCAAUGCGCAAAAGCUCCAUGCCGUUAUUGUGGUGGUCAGCAUAAUAUCUCGCUUUGUCGGAAAACCAGAUCGGAAAGCCCUAGUCCUUAUCGAAACCGUAACCCUUCGAACGCCCAGCAUAGUUCAAGAGAACGGUCAACCUCUAGAAGUAAUCGAGAACGAAGCGCAAGUAAAUCGUCACAGAGUCCCCUCCGUCGUAAUUCCAGCUCUCGUUCAAACUCGAGAUCACGACAACGGUCUGUUCCAGAUUCGUCGAAAUCAUCACGCGCUCACCCACGGUGCCAGACACCCCACCCUCGCAGCCCUACGAUGGUUAACACUGCAAUGUCGGACAUCGAGGACAACGUUAUUUCGGGUGAUGAGGAAGUUGUUUUUAUUCACCGAACGGACGUGAGUUCGUCUGAGUCUUCUUCGCGUUUGAUGGUUAUUCCAGUCACUGUUUAUAAUCCAUCAAAUCAACUGAAGGAAUCAGUCUAUGCUCUAAUUGACACUGGUUCCACUAGAAGUUUCAUUUCAUGCUCUCUUGCGAAACGCCUUGAUUUGCCUUCUUCAUCUAGCUCUUCCUAUAUUUUGACAACUUUUGGAGGUAAACAGGAAAAACGUAAAUCUCGAAAAUGCAGUGCAUGCCUGGUUGAUCUUCGCGGAGAAGAGAUUCACAUGAACCUCCUGUCGGUAGACGUUAUAUCGCACACUAUUAUCCUUCCACGUUUAUCUCUAUCCGACAUUAGCCAUGCUCAUCAAUACCUUUCAAAUGAAAGCCUUCUCAACGAGGCUGAUAUUGAAGUGUCACCAGAUAUUCUUAUAGGCAUCGAUUAUUAUAACAAUAUUAUGAACGUAACCGAAACACCAUUGCAAUUACCAUCUGGACUUCAAGCAAUACCCACCAUUUUUGGUCAUGUCGUAACAGGAAAAUGUUCGGAAUUAGAUCAAACCAGUCAUCAUUGCUUUAUGACUGCUUUACCUGAACAUGAAUCCCUUCCUGAUAUCUCUUUG